GGGUAGUGCAUGUACCUCAUCUCUAGCGUCGGACGGUAAGUAUAUUAUAUAAAAAUACAAGGCUGUUCUUUGUCUAAUGGGUACAUUUUCCUUUCCAAAUAAGUACACUUGUCUUAGUCGGUAACCGAACUGCUUUAGCCUAGCAGCUCCAGUGUGAACACGGGGCUUACCAUGUGGUCAUUAUUUUUGAAACACAAGAGGUGUGGGGCUUUAACUUAAAACACUAUGUUUAUUUGUAAGAUACCGUCAACUAGUUACCGCUGUGAAUGAGUUAAAACGAUACAAUAAGAAAAUGUGGUUCAUACCCGAAUUUACCGCCAUCUGCGCCGCCAUGACACAAUCGGAAGGGUGUGUGUGUGUGUGUGUGUGUGUGUGUGUGUGGUGGGCCUUUCUUCCCCGCCGGAGUGAAAGUAGAAAUAUUUACGCUUUCAUAAACAUAUUCAGUAAGUUUUCGCCACUUUAAAUCCAGAAUUGAAAAUAAAUGUGAAGGUAGGAACGUCAAGUUCGCGCAUUCGUGAAUCUAUUCGGACAUCAUGUGUAAUUCUAUCAGGCAGGGUCCUAAGAGCCUCUUCUACAGGAAUUGUAGUUAUAGCCUUUAUGUAUAUUUUAUGUGUUAUGCAUUUGAAUUGUGCUUUUAAAAAUGUUAAUGUGUUGUAAUUAUUAUUUGCAUGUAUUUUUAAACGAUUAUAUAUUUGUUUUCUGCCAAGAAACCGUAAUUCUAAAAGCGGAACCUAUAUUUGUUGGGUCUAUGUCUACCCGUACUAAUUUGGCGUAACACCAGAAAUUCAUGGCAUGACUGCUGUAGAAAGCGGUCACUACCGAAAGCAAAGCAUAUUUUAUGAAUGGUAACACGACUUACCGUCCUUUGAUGUUACGAUAAUUCGUAUUUAAUAUUCAAAAACAAACAAUGGCGCGAGUUGUGAAAAUAUUUCGGACUUUGCGAAAUCAUUGGAAGAAGUCUGCAUUUGCCGUUUGCGUCCUAUCUUAUGGAGGCCACUGGCUUUAUGGUAAACACUGUGACAAUAUUGUGAGGAGAGAGGCCUGUCUAGAGGCCAGGGAAUUUGGACGUCAGCUUAUUGCGCCGCACGAGCGCCUAAAGAAAGCUACUGUGAUCCUGAACCCAGCAGCUUGUAAUGGGAAAGCCAACGGCUUAUUUGAAAAGAAUGCUGCCCCUAUUUUGCAUCUGGCUGGCUUUGAGGUUACCGUGGUGAAGACCGAUUAUGAAGGUCAAGCCAAAAAACUGAUGGAUCUCGUAGAGCACACAGACAUGUUGAUUGUCGCUGGAGGGGAUGGCACUUUGCAGGAAGUGGUCACAGGUUUACUGCGACGAUCUGACCGGGACACAUUCAGUCACACGCCGAUUGGAUUCAUCCCGCUGGGCUCCCAAAAUUCCCUGAGUGCCGGCCUUCACAUCCUCAGUGACAACAAGGUCAAGGACAUUACGUCAGCGACUCUGUCCAUCCUGAAGGGAGAAACCGUGCCUCUGGAUGUCCUGCAAAUCAAAGGGGAGACAGACAAGCCGGUCUUUGCACUGAUGGGACUGCGAUGGGGUGCUUUUCGAGACGUGUCUGCAACUAUUAGCAAAUAUUGGUACCUUGGACCACUGAAGACAAAUGCUGCUCAUUGGUUUCAAACCCUCCGGGAGUGGCCUUUACUCCGUGAAGUCACAGUGAACUACUUGGCGCCCACCCUGCGGCCCCCUGACCUGUCCCCUCAUAAGCCCCCCAGACCCAAUCUGCUCCAUCGCAUUAUCCGCCGGCUGAAAAACUACUGGAACCCCCCCCUCGAAGAGGCUCCAAAAGCGGAGGAACCGGAGCAGUGGAAGGAAGAGAAGCUGUCCUCCGUCGAGCUGUUUAUUCAAACGCACAACAAAAACCCUGUGGAGCGUCGAAUCAACGAUUCCAUGAUGAUCUGCACAGAGCCCGACCACAUGACCGUGGGAGAAUUCAUCACGGCGGGAAAGCAAAAACAUCAGGACCCAACAGCGCUGACGGAAAACGCCACUCAACGAGAGGCCAGCGCUUGCCGGCUCCGGCUGCCUGAGGGCGCCGGCGGCUUCUACAGCAUCGACAAUGAGGACUACGAAGCCAUGCCGGUGGAGAUAAGACUGUUGCCACGGAAACUGCAUUUUUUCAUGAGCGCAGAGCGCAGACGGCAGCUUCUGUCGCAGAUGCAGUGAAGGAAGAAAACGCCACCACACCCCCGUGGAGACAAAAAUAACACAAGAGCACCUCCGUUGCCAGCCUGCUUUUGUCUUGGCUCAUGAAGCAUAAACUCAUACGUGACAUAAUAUUGGUUCAAGUUUUCCAUUUUUUGUACUAGAAUACCAAUAUUACUCAUGUCUGUACUCAUUGUCCUACUAGUUGGAGGCUUGUAUACAUGAUCUGAUCCUGACCAUACAGUAAUCCUUCAUUAAUCCUGGUUCAUUACAAUACUAUUCCGACUGGAAUACUUGAAUUUCCAAGUAGGAUUCAAUAUUUAUAAACAGAAUAUUUUCAAAGUUAGAGCAUAUAAAGGC